AAGAGCGUUUCUACAUACACCGAGACUGCAGCUGAGAGAUGGCUGUGAGAGAAUUGACAACCGGUUUCUCACGCUGGUGUGUGUAGAAGCUCUGAAAAGCGCCGAGAUGAGACUUUUAAAAUGAUGUUGAAAAAAACCAUUUUAAUCGCUAAAAUGAAGUCAAAAAAGUUUCUUUUACUUUUUAAUAAUAUAUCUACGAUUAUUAGACGGCAAAAAUGCAAACUAUAGUUGAUCGAUCGCUAUAAACUGCCAAUUUCAUUUUUUCUCAGCUCCAUCGUUCUUUGCAUGCCGAGGAGAAUUCUCUCACCGAAAAUGCUGUCAGUCGCUGUCAAAGCAUGCUGUCAGUUAUUUUCUCAGCUGCAUUCUCGGUGUAUGUAGAAACGCUCUAAGGGAAAUUUGCGGGUAGGGUCGUGUCUGUUUGUCUCGUUCGAUGGCUACCAGAGACCACUUCAGAGUGCAGCUCUUUAUUUGAAGCCGCCUGUUCACCACAAGAUGCAUAUAUUGCAAGGUGUAUAGAGACAAUAAGGUGAAGUUGUUCAAAGCAAAUUGCAAUUUAUCGAUUAGACUGAGCUGUGCUUUGAGUUCCGUUAUUAAAAUCGAGAAGAGCUGGAGAGGGGUAUAGAAAAUUGUAAGCGAUUUGAAAUAACUAUUCUCUGUGACAGCAUCCGGCAAACACAUAAUGCAUACACCUUGAAUUUGCUCCAAACGCCACCAAGGUGUGUUUAUUAAGGAGGUGAAUUGUUAGCGCGUUUUCCGGGCGCCAUCAUUGAGUAUUGUUAUGUCAAAUCGCAUACAAUUUUCUAUACCCCCCUCCAGCCCUCCCCGAUUUUAAUACCGGAGCAUCCAGUAUUGUUAUGUCAAGUCGUGAAAUGUCAAUUUGCUCUGAAGCACUUCACCUCCUAAUAUCCAUACACCUUGAACGCCACCUUGUCUUUUCUCAUACACCUUGAUUAGGAUUCACCUUGUUUGCAAGUGAAAUGAGGUUGACAGCUAGACGUUUUUGGCGGACUUCAAGUGCGCUGUGUCAAGUCGAGACGCAACGAGCUGGUGUGCAAUUUAAUUCGCGAGAAUCAGCCCAGUACGUUGCUAUUGUUAUAGUGUCACAAGCCGCAAGAAACUCAAACUACCUCGAACUACCGUGUGUAUGUAUUGGAUAUGCAGUCGAAUUCGACCGAGACUGUGAUCGUAACGAUGGAUAUUAAGCCGAAAAGCCGCCCAUGGCCAGUUGCGCCGAAAAAAACCAUACGGCUUCGUAUUCCCGGCCCUAGGGGCAAGUGUUUCACAAACCGGCUCGAAUGGCAAGAGCGGAUGGCAGCGAAACAAAUCAAGCCAAGACCACGUCGAAAGGAGUUCCGCAUCAAAGAGCAAGCGAACAUGCACAACAGCAUCAUUCAAUAUAUACGCGACAAUGCCGAAUCAGACGAAAGCGAUGAUGAUUCUGGAACGUUGAUUCCUGGUAAUGAUGUGUUGAAUAGCAGCAUAGCAUCAAUCAAUAUCAGCGGAAGCCAGAAGGAAAUUGGUCACAACAGCGGUGAAGCCAUCAACGAGAUCCGGGACUGUGAAAGCGAACCGCACAAUCAACACCAUGCAAUCACUACAGCAUCACUCAACCCUGAACAUGCCAUUUACACCGAACCAGGUGUAACGGGUGUACUGACACAGCGGCGGGGCAAGUCCACGGAGUCAGUGCAGGUCCGCCACCAAAACGAUGGGCCGCCUGUUCCGGCAUUGUAAGCACAAGGAGGCGCGUAGUCUAAUCGCAAAUCUAAUCAAUUAGAGCAAAUAAGAAAAACAGAGAAAAACUACAAAAAAGUUUCGCCUAUCGCUCUCUGCCCACCUGUUCGCUGCUCGUACGCGCGCGGCACAUGCCAUGGCAUGUCCCGAACCCGAACCUCUUCCCUUUCGGCCUCUCGAGCACUCACCCACACACGCGUGGGUGUUCAUCGCGUUCCGGCCACGAUCGGGUUCGCCCGAUCAUUUCUACUCUCGCUGCACAUUUCGCCCGGUUUGGUAGAACCCGUUGCAGGGCUCGCCUACUUAGAACUUUCUUUUCGUAACAUCCCCCAGCCCGUGACCAUUACGCUAUUGGUCACCCUUUCUUAUCUCUAAUAAGGCAAGUUUAGCCACCGGCCUUCUGAGGGUUCCUGUGCUUGUUCGCACCCAAGCUUGUCGGUUCCCGAAACCACUCGUUUUACUAUCCCUCUCUUCCACUGAUUCCUAACACCACCGUCGACUAUCAGAACCAUGUCUCCUACCUCAAUCUCUCUCACGGCCUCAAACCAUUUGCUUUGCCGCGCCAACACCGGAAUAUACUCUUUUAUCCACCGUCUCCAAAAUCCGUCCAGGAUAUGUUGCACCAUUUUCCAGUUGCUCCGUAACCCCGUCUGAUGGCUAGUCGGUGCCUUUCCUGAAUCACUCCCGAUGAACUGCCCAGCAAGAAGUGGUUAGGAGUAAGAGACUCCUGAUCCGCCGAUUCCAGCGGGAUGUACGUCAGAGGGCGGGUGUUGAUCAUUCCCUCCGCUUCCACUAUCACCGUAAGCAGCGUCUCAUCAUCGGGUGUACGCUGUAGUUCCGUCAUUGUACUCCUCCCACCUUUCUUAUUAAAUUGUCCACGUACCUGACAAUCCACGCCAACGUCCUGAUCAUCCUUUCCAGGCGGCUGAAGCGUUCAGCUUUUAGAGGAAGAAGUCCAGGAUUCAACUUCUCGCGGUGAAGGUUGAC